AUGUCUAUUCGCACCUCUUCCUUCGUAUCUGAUUCCACCAUAUCAACUGGCACUCAUCUUGGUGGUUCGACCAAUCGAUCCAAUCGCAAUGUCGGCGGUGGUCGGCAUCAUAAACAAUUUCACUCUGAACGACGCGCGAAUCAACAUCAACAACAUGUUUCGCCUGUAGAUAUCCUGGUUCCUGAUGUUGCUAUGUACGCAUGUGGAACGCGCCUUGUGAAAGAUUUUGACUCUGAAAUUUUGUGGACAUGCGAGGUGAGAAACAAGAACUUUGCACAGUUUAAGCAAAGCCAACAUUGCCUAAGCAGUUGCAAAAUGUACAUUUAA